AUGGAACCAGAACAUAUACAGGAGAACCAAUUCCCAAUCCCGGCAUUUGACCCCAAUGAGAUCCCUAGAAUUCCCGCACCAAACCCUAUAGAGCAGUAUACAACACUGAACCCUUUAGACCCAUGGUGGUAUGACAACAGGUCAAUUCAGGAUAUAUUGGAUAGCCUAUACCCUUACGGAGAACCCAUACCACGUUACCCUGAACCAGUUCCAGCACCAUUACUACCCAUGAACCAAGAAAAUGUGGAAGAAGUUCGCCAAUAUGGUGAAGAGAAGCUUACCAUCAUGCCUCCAAGACUAAGAGGACGUGGCAAGGGUCCCAUGCGUGGAGGACCGUCAACUGCUGGACCAUCUCACAGGCGCACUCCAUCGGUGUCUUUUUCCACCUCCGACUCUCGCGAUAUGUGGGGUCAACCAUUCGAGCCGGAGUCUUACCCGUCCCAUCACUCUUUGCAAUCUCAUUCUUUUCACCACUCUGACUCUCCCUACUCCCCAGGACAGUUUAACCCAGCUGACUACGUUAACGACUUUCUCGGCUACAACCCGUUGGGCCCUGAGGACCAUUUCUCUCAGGAAAUGGAGAUGGAUGAUGACCCUGACCCGGAAAUGCAAACAGGAACCCCGGGCCAACCUAUCAGCAUAUCUACUGGGUCUCCGUUUCUAGGAUCCCCAUAUAGUGGACCUGACUCCUUCCAGGAGAGAAUGGGUACCUAUGAUUGGUAUUUUACCCCUUCUUCCCAUAGCUCUCCAGCCCAACCAUCUUUAGAAGAUCCUCAACUCCAAGCUGUCUCACCACCACCACUUCCGGUGGAAGAGCCGCCACAGCAGCCACCGCAGCCACCUCCCAAGCCUCCGAGGCGAAGGAGGAAUACACGCAUGUCCGUACCAGGAGGACCCCGUUUUAGUUCUCCUCGUGGUUCGAGUCCCUAUCCCCUUAUUCCAGAGGAUCCCCAGUUGGGUGGACCCUCAAAUGCGGCACCGGAGGCUAAUCCUCCGCAAGCUUCUUAUGCACCACCUCAGCCGCCUUCGGGAUUUGAUAAUCCCAUCCCAACGUACCCAGGUUCUACCGGGUACAAUCCUUAUGGGGAACCGUCGGGAUAUCCAUUUGGAUAUGGAACUCACGACCCAUAUCUUACGGCUGCACAGUAUCACCACCUUUAUCCUUCUACUUACCCUCCUAUACCUCCAACUGACUACCCGACUCAGGGUUAUCAGUAUCCUCUGUAUCAUCCACCUCCUCCCCAACAACUACAGCAACAGCAUCAAACUCAAGAGAUCCUAGAGAGGUUGGAUAAGGUUGAACAUAAGACCAAGAAGAACAAAGAAAGGCAUAACAGCUUUAUGAAAGGUCUUGCGAACCUUAUCAAGGGGAAAAAGAAGUAG